CUAAUUACUCUCUGAAGCCAUUCCACACCAUUUCAUUGUUGCCGCGGUAGGGGUAGAACUAAAUUAUUCGGGAUGGGUAGGGUUAUCAGGGCACAACGUAAGGGUGCGGGAUCAGUCUUCAAAUCCCACACCCACCACCGUAAGGGACCAGCCAGAUUCCGCAGUCUCGAUUUCGGUGAAAGAAACGGUUACCUCAAGGGAGUAAUCACCGAUAUCAUCCAUGACCCUGGUCGUGGUGCACCCCUCGCUAAGGUCUCUUUCCGUCAUCCUUUUAGGUAUAAGAAACAGAGUGAGCUUUUCGUUGCUGCUGAAGGAAUCUACACUGGACAGUUUAUUUACUGUGGAAAGAAAGCUACUCUUGUUGUUGGUAAUGUUUUGCCUCUCAGAUCUAUCCCUGAAGGAGCUGUUAUUUGCAAUGUUGAACACCAUGUUGGUGACCGUGGUGCUUUCGCUAGGUGUUCUGGUGAUUACGCUAUUGUUAUCAGUCACAACCCCGAUAAUGAUACCUCUAGAAUUAAGCUUCCAUCUGGAGCAAAGAAGAUUGUUCCAAGUGGGUGCAGAGCUAUGAUUGGACAAGUUGCAGGUGGAGGAAGAACUGAGAAGCCACUUCUUAAGGCUGGUAAUGCUUACCACAAAUUUAGAGUGAAGAGGAAUUGCUGGCCUAAGGUUCGUGGUGUUGCUAUGAAUCCAGUUGAGCAUCCUCACGGAGGAGGUAACCACCAACAUAUUGGACAUGCUAGUACUGUUAGGCGUGAUGCUCCUCCUGGACAGAAGGUUGGUCUCAUUGCUGCCAAGAGGACUGGUCGUCUUAGGGGACAAGCUGCCGCAACUGCUGCUAAGGCUGAUAAGACCACUUGAAGAGACUCUUAGGGUUUUAUUUCAUUGCAAGUUUUUGAAAUUUUGUUUGUUUCCUUGUUUGUUCCAAACUGCUUGGAUAUUGUUUUGAGAACCCUUUGCCCCAUUUAUAUGAAUCUUUUAAAUGACAGUAUUUAUAUUUGUUUUCAACUA